GUAUAUACAAGAAAGAACAGUUACAUGGCUGUCACAUUAGGAAGAGGAUGUCACAACGCAGCGCUCUGUCAGAGAUUGAAAAAUCAUUUGACAGAACGAGGACGAGAAAUUUCCUCUGCAGUAUCUGGUCAAAUCAGAGGUCUGAGGAACAGAUUACACAAGAAGAGUUCCAAAACGAUUUUGUCGAUACAUAUGAUGAGCAGAAUGUAGAUGGAAAUGAAUUUUCUAACAUUGAGGUAACGGAGCAGGCUUUGCUCCAAAAAAUCACCUCAGACUAUUCCACAGACUCUCAAAGCAAAGACCACAAUUUAAAGAGCAAAGAAGUCAAUGAAGUUGUUGUUCCAAAAUCAAAUGAUCUGAAACCGACCAUUUCUGGGUUAGAUGAACCAGAUGUGAAUUGUUAUGACUUCUCGGAAAUGGGAGCAGGUCUACAUAACCCUAAUGUUCAGGAUGAUGAUGAUACAAGUGACUAUUUUGACAGUGAAGACGAAUACUUUGAAACGUAUAGAAAGAAUUUUGAAGAUCAAAGAUCAAUGCAUGGCAUGGUGUAUUCUCCUUACAAUUCUGAAGGAAAUGGAAGAUACAGUAGAGGUAUAGCACAAUACUAUAAUAUGCCGGUAUUCAUGAAGUCCAUUCAAAAGUACGCAGAUAGCAAUGGUUUUGAAGUACAUGAUGUUACAGCAGACGGAAACUGUCUCUUCAGAGCUAUAGCUGAUCAGCUGUCAAUCAAUGGUGUAUUUGGAAAUUCGCCUGAUUCACUACGGAAUUUCGUUCUCAAGUAUCUUCGACAAAAUCCCCUACAAGAGGAUGGCUCACACUUAGAAGCUUUCCUUUUUGCCGAAACAUGGGAACAAUAUCUAUCAAGAAUGGAGAAAAACAUCGAAUGGUGUGAUCAUAUCAUUCUGAGAGCUUGUGUAGACGCACUAGGGAUGAAAGCCGUGAUUUAUAACGUGUAUGAAACAGACGUCAGACGCACUGAAGUCUUGCCUGGAGGCCAUCAAGGACGGGGGGAAUGUUUGACGAUUUAUCUCGGUCACUUUGGAGAGUUUCACUACCUGAGCUUACGACCAAAGAACUGGGAGAGGGAAUGGCAAUACAAAGCACUGUUGUUCAGAUACCACACAUGUACCAAAUACAUGGAACCUGUUGUAAGGAAGCAAUUUCUUCAGAGGAAAAUGGACAGCAUGAAAAAGUUUAAUGUUGCAGGAAAAGAAGCCAUGAAGAAUCUAUUAGGAAUUGAAACAAUUAACACAGAGAACCAAAUCAGCAAGAAAUGUAUACUUUCUCGGGAUCUUGUGUAUUCAUUCUGUCAAACUUACGGGUUAUCUGAUCUGGAACCAGAAGAAAGUGAAGAUUCCCAGCAGUACUGCAUUGAAGACAGUUUUCACAUCGACUCAAGAACAGGGAUACCACUUUCACAUCUCUUCUUCAUGUUCAGGCAUUUGAUACCUCCAUUAAUGAUUGUGACAUACUCUCAGUAUAUUCCACCAGUUACUGUAGACGGAACUAUGUUUCAAUACAUAGGCACUUACGCAACGGGAACAGACGUGUUCUUGAGGGAUAUCACCAGAGGACAAACAAUGCAAAACGAUGAAAUGAGAAAAGACGAAAGAGUUGUUGCACAUACUAUAAAAGCCUUAUUGUCCAAAAUCACGCCUGAUACAGCGUCAACCCAUCCGGGAUAUUUACGUGUAAAAGUUCUGUCGUCUGGUACUGAAUUUCCUGCAAAAAGUCUAUAUAGACUUGCAGGACAGAUUUAUCUGAAAAAUCUAGAAGUUCCACAGGAGAUGACUCUCCCCCAGAGAACGGCAGAAUGUAUGGUAGGAUUCCAAUGUGAAUUUCCAUCAACAACGAUAGAGUGGCGCAACAGACCAAGAAAAUUCCAGUGGCCCCCAAAAGAGGUGAUCGCUGCAAUUCAAGAAUCGGGAUGUACCGUGAUCCCUAAACACCAUCCACAAAGUUCUCAUCCAGAGAUUGAAUGGAAAUUUAAUUUCUCUAAAUCCGAGACUAUACUCUUCCGCAAAGCUAUAAUUGUUUCGACAGGUCGACUACACGGGUUCUAUACACUAAAAGUACUGUUAGAAAGUUGCAGCGCUGGACGAAUAAAACACAAACACAUCAAAGCUAUCUUUUUCAGCUGCUGCGAACAGAUUCCAGUAGAUACAUGGGAUACAAAUUUUGGAGGAGCUAUACUUUAUAGUGUAUGUUAUCUGUUAGAGUGCUUGAAAAGGAAGAACUUGCCAUAUUACUUUAUUCCAAGUAGAAAUCUUCUUGACUGCUACACGGAGGAAGAAAUUGACGACAUUUACUUUCAGACAGAAGCUGUUCGGUUGUUCCCUGUACAAACUAUUCAAUUUCUUGCCUCGAAAUACGGAUAUUCAUAUGGAUCAAAGUUAGAAACGAUCAUUUUUCAAAACUGUAGAAACUUUGCAAGAAACAGAAACUUAGUCCAAACUUUUAAAAAUGAUUUUGUCCCUGGAACCAUACGAACAGUAAAAUUUUUGGCUCGACGGGGAUGGUAUGAUGCGGCAUUUACCCUCCUUCGUGGUACUUAUGAAAUAGGAUUUUGUUCAUAUGGGGAAGAAUACUGCAGUUUGGCCGAGUUUUUCUGUAGUGCUCUCGGUGAGCUUGGGCAGAAGACAUCUCGAAUCGUUUUGGCAAAAAUGUUUGAGAACGAAUGUGGCAUUAAUCUAUUAAAUUCCAUCAUGAGAAAAGAAGGCUUAUUUGUUAAGGAUAUCUUACAAUGGGAAGUAAGUUUCAAGAUUGCCUGGCUUGAUAUUCCAGCAGAGAAAACAAAAAAUUUCGAGUUACAGGCAGAAUUCUUUUAUGAUUUAAGCAAAAAGGAAUUGAAAAGAGGCAAUACCGAUUUAGCUUCUCUUGGAAUUGCAGAAGCUAUCCACUGUUUGGAGCGAGCCAUUCAAGACAGUAACAUGCUUGACGUUACAGAGAUUGAAGAUGAGGAAUUAAAUAGGGAAAUCCUGGCACAGAAAUCUGAUAUCUUGAAAAAGCUGAAAGAAAAACUAAAAGACUGCUUUAUACAUGCAUAUUGGAUUUCACAGUUAUAUCGGACAUUUAGCCCACUUCAGAAUUAUAUGCCGGCGAUAGAAGAAUUGAGUAAAGAAUUGCCAGAGAUGUAUGGCAUCGUUAGCAUUAUGUUUCGAUUCCUGUACAACCACAACAAGCGAAAAGAAUAUGAAGAACUUUAUGAUUUGUAUUUGGGUGCAGGUACGAAGUGGGCACACGAAUCAACAUGUAAGCUGAACAAAUUUUAAGCAAGUGCUGCAUAAUAUUGCACAACCUGCAAUAAUUGAUGUAAAACAGACGACAGAGAUUUUGUCGACCUGAAUCCAGUGUAUUUGGCCACACACGUGUCACUGUUAUAGAAUGUUGUAAAGCAUGAAUGUGAUCGUUUUUAAUUUCUUUAAUGGAAUUAUAUUAAGAUCACUUAAAAACUGUUUACAUGCAUUUUUUUUUUUUUUUUUUACUUCUGGUGAUGUUGAAAUAGAAUAUAUCAUUGGAAUUGUACGUUUGUACGAGUAUGUGAUUAAAAAUUGCCUUGCAUCGAU